UUGUACGAGUUUUUGACGCAGCAGAUCAAUUAAAAUAAUUUAAUAUAAAUUGAGAAUUUGGUAUGCAGUGUGAACAGCAUUUCGCACGGCUUCGUAUCGUAGGAUGACGGACGACGCACGUCGGUUGCAGUGUGAAUUCAGCAAGUCGGUAAUGGUUGCUCGGUCCAGGUCGGUCGUGGUGAAGUGUGUGGACGUCGGUGAACGUUGUGAUGGAUGUCUGACCUCGGUGAGGGCUCAGCAGGGCUCAGUCUCAGUUGGUCUGAGUUGGUCUCAGUCUGGCUGAGCGAACGUGAACGAGAAACGUGAGUUGAGUGAACAAGGAGGGUGAACGUCUCGCGGCGACGAACAGAAGGGUGAGAUUCGCGUCCGUUGCGUCUUUCGAUAAAAACUGUGCGAUGCAGAGGGAGGAGAAGCAACUGGACUCCGCCUUAGAGGCUAUAAUAAUGCGGGUAAACGACGUGAAGAACGCGAUUGCCGCAAUGAUAUUCAAGGUAGAGCACGAAUACGAGACCUUGAACUGGCCGAAUUUUCUCGACAACUUCGCUCUUAUUUCCAGCCACCUGACUAGCCUCUCGAAGAUUCUUGGUCACGACAAAGCGCCGAAUCUCAAGAAUUUGACGGUUCUACCACUACGCUUGAGUCCAGAGAAGGAUGAGGAGCUGUUGCGUCUGACCGAGAAUCGUAUCCCCACGUUCGCGCACGACCUGGUCCCGGAUUACUUGAGAACGAAGCUGGAGCCCCAAGUCGAACAGAAGAUGAUGCAGUUGGAGACCAAGGCUGCGGCUGUCAAUAUUGAUGCGACACACGACUACAAUAAACAAGUGGCGCAGUAUAAUAAAGUAGUUAGCCACGUGUGGGACAUAGCAAACAAGGCGCGAGAAGAUUGGGAGGGCGAGGUUAGCACCAGAGCGACACAGGCGCAGACCAGCAGUGCUGCAGACACCAAUGCUCUUUUAGCUGCUGUGGGAGUAGGUAAAGGUUUGAAGUCUGAUUCGAUACAAAUGGUUCAAUCUGGCGUAAAUCCAGUAGCUAACAGCAUGAUGGUGGGCAGACCUGGCAAUCAGCAGCAAACGACAGGGCAAGGGCCAAUGGGUAAUCCACCGAUGGGACAAAUGAAUAAGGCGCCAAGUGCAAUUAAAACGAAUAUCAAAGCGGCGUCACAAAUCCAUCCUUAUAGAUAAGAUUGUAGCACCUCUGUCAUUCAAAAGUAUUGUACAAUGACUGAUAACUUAAACAUUGGUAUGUUCCUAACUUUCUAAUUUUAAUGUAAAAUAAUUUUAAUGUAAUCUGGUUAUCUAUUAUUAUGUAUUAUAUAUUAAAUUAAUAUCUGGUAUUAAUAUUAUCUGAGAUUAUAUGGAUAAUUUAUAAUUUUAAUAUAAGGCAUAAUAAAAAUUGUACACAAUUGUCAAGAA